AUGGCAAGGAUUUGGAGGGAAUAUAAGGCCCCAGACGGGUCAAAAUAUUAUUACAAUGUUAAGUCACAACAGUCUACAAGAGAGAAACCAGCCGAUUUCGAAGAUCAUGCGACGGGAGCAAGAAAAUCACGGAAGACGGAGCCCCAAGCGAUAUACCACGUAACUUUGGCGAACAACUGGAGCAUGGUGGUAUGUGAAAACGGUUCGAGGUUUUUCGAUUGUAAAGGGACUCUCGGUCCCCAACAGGAACUGGAUGACGACGAGAGUGCCGAGAUCUUGUCGCAGAUUGGAAAGGAAAAAUUAGCUUUACUCGCGGAGACAGCUCAAAAUGGUGGUGGAAAGGACAGCGAAAUUUAUAAGGAAAUUCUAAAGGCUGUAGAUAGAAUCAACGCUCAGUCGACUGCCAAAGAAAUCGACGUUGCGGCGGAAAACGAGAACGAAGAAACUGACGCUGAGGAGUCUGGUUCAGACAGUGACGUCAGUAAAGUCAGUGGAGAGGAAUCUGGUUCAGACAGUGAAGUCAGCAGAGUCAGUGAAGAGGACAACUUGGUAUCAGGCUACGCCAGUUCCGAGGACGAAGAAAGCGAGGAACAUGAGCCUGAUGUCAUCUUAGCGCCCCCUGACGAAGCUAACUCUCAAAACCAGCAAGCCUUCAUUUCGCUAUUCGAGCAAUACUCACUGGAUCCAUAUUCCACCUGGAACAUGCAAUCCAAGAAGAUCCAAGAUGACGCACUCUUCUACAAAAUUAGCAGCGAUGCCACCAGACAGGGUCUUUUCGAUAAAUGGUGCACGCAACAAUUUCAUGACAACAAUGAUAUUGAAAAGGAUCUGAAUGAAAGUGAUGUUGAAUCAGUUGAGACAGAAUCCGAGCAAGGCUCUGACGACCUGGAGCCCACAAAAUAUCAUUACCUGUCACACAUAGUUUCGAAGGCCAAUAUUUUACCAACCACGUUAGCCAAGGACGUAAGAGUAGAGCAGAAAGCGCUUUUUAGGCAAUUCAAGAUUAAAGACACUCUUGACAAGAAAACUCAGGAAGAAUUCAUAUCAAAACUCUUAUUCUACUACAAAAAGCUGACACCUGAAGAAAGAUCGAACGUCUUUGAUAAGCUACUCAACAGUAAACUAAAAGUGAUAAAAAACGGGCUUCGAAACACUGGAAAGCUAAAAGAAUUGGCCUCACAGCCAGAUUUGCCGAAAGAAUCAUAUGCCAUUGAGAGUCAAUUACUCGAGCUUGAGGAUUGCAUGGACUUUCAUGGUUCGAACAAGUUUCUGCAGGAAGAUAUUCAGUAUUACGUUUUAGGCAUCAAACCUAAGACCAUUGCAUUGAAACAGUUUCUCCAUAGGAAUUUAGCAUAA